GGGCUGUGUGGCGUCGCCUGAGGGGCCGGGUGGCGGCGGCCUCGGCGAUGCGGGGCGGAGCCCAUGGAGGAGCCUGACUAUUUCGGCAGCAGCAGCAGCAGCGCGGCCGAGUGGGGGGACGAGACUGCCGCAGACGGAGGCGCGCAAGAUGAUGAAUAUGGCGAAGAAGAUGAUGCUGAGGUCCAGCAGGAAUGUUUGCACAAAUUUUCCACCCGAGAUUACAUAAUGGAGCCUUCCAUUUUUAAUACUUUAAAAAGGUAUUUCCAGGCAGGUGGCUCUCCAGAGAACGUCAUCCAGCUCUUAUCAGAAAAUUAUACUGCGGUAGCUCAAACAGUAAACUUGUUGGCCGAGUGGCUCAUUCAAACAGGUGUUGAACCAAUUCAAGUCCAGGAGACAGUGGAAAACCAUUUAAAAAGCUUGCUGAUUAAACACUUUGACCCCCGAAAAGCAGACUCCAUUUUUACAGAGGAAGGCGAGACUCCAGCAUGGCUUGAGCAAAUGAUAGCACAUACUACAUGGAGGGAUCUCUUCUACAAAUUGGCUGAAGCUCAUCCGGAUUGCCUCAUGCUAAAUUUUACUGUCAAGCUUAUCUCCGAUGCUGGGUACCAGGGAGAGAUAACCAGUGUUUCCACAGCAUGCCAGCAGUUAGAAGUCUUUUCUCGAGUUCUGCGCACCUCCCUGGCAACCAUCUUAGAUGGUGGAGAAGAAAACCUGGAGAAAAAUCUGCCUGAAUUUGCCAAAAUGGUGUGCCAUGGAGAACACACAUACCUCUUUGCCCAGUCAAUGAUGUCCAUCUUAGCCCAAGAAGAACAAGGUGGUUCUGCUGUGCGCAGGAUUGCUCAAGAGGUUCAGCGGUUCGCUCAUGAAAAAGGCCACGAUGCUAGUCAGAUCACUUUAGCUCUGGGCACUGCCGCCUCCUACCCUCGGGCCUGCCAAGCCCUUGGAGCCAUGUUGUCGAAAGGAGCUCUGAACCCAGCAGACAUCACCGUCCUGUUCAAAAUGUUCACAAGCAUGGAUCCCCCUCCAGUAGAACUGAUCCGAGUGCCUGCUUUCUUGGAUCUCUUCAUGCUCUCACUGUUUAAACCUGGUGCUAAGAUAAAUCAGGACCAUAAGCACAAAUAUAUCCAUAUUUUGGCAUACGCUGCUAGCGUUGUAGAAACAUGGAAAAAGAACAAGAGAAUGAGCAUAAAUAAAGAUGAACUCAAGUCCACUUCAAAAGCUGUUGAAACGGUUCAUAAUCUCUGCUGUAAUGAGAAUAAAGGAGCAUCUGAGCUUGUGGCAGAACUGAGCACCCUUUACCAGUGUAUCAGGUUUCCAGUAGUAGCAAUGGGGGUACUGAAAUGGGUCGACUGGACAGUGUCAGAGCCUCGCUAUUUCCAGCUUCAGACGGAUCAUACUCCGGUGCAUUUGGCACUUUUGGAUGAGUAAGACCAGGGCUCUAUCAGUACCUGCCACCAACUGCUUCACCCUCUGGUCCUGCAGCUGCUUGUCAAGCUCUUUGAGACGGAGCACUCUCAGCUGGAUGUCAUGGAGCAGCUGGAGCUCAAAAAAACCCUGCUGGACAGGAUGGUUCACUUACUGAGUCGAGGAUACGUCCUUCCUGUGGUCAGCUACAUCCGCAAGUGUCUCGAGAAGCUGGACACAGACAUCUCUUUGAUCAGAUACUUUGUGACUGAGGUGCUGGAUGUGAUUGCCCCUCCAUAUACCUCUGACUUCGUGCAGCUUUUUCUCCCAAUCCUGGAGAACGACAGCAUUGCAGGCACUAUCAAGACAGAAGGCGAGCAUGACCCUGUCACAGAGUUCAUAGCACAUUGUAAAUCAAAUUUCAUCAUGGUCAACUGAACCAGAAGAAAAGCUGCAGUCCUGAUUCCAUAGAAGAUUCCUCCUUUGCAUUUUACAGCGUAGGAUGAUAUGAAUGCCAUCCAACAAGAAGCAAGGGAUCGUCUGGCAAUUCAGGUUAACGGAGGACUUUUCACAAGUGAAAUUAAAGUUUAUUUAGGGAACAGGUUUUGUUUUUGUUUUUAAAUGACAUCAGAGAACCAGUUUGAACUGCCAGUACCCAAAACGUUUCAUAGACCAAGGGAAACAAUGAAGUAUUGCAUACUUGUGACUACAGGUUCGACACCUGGUUUUCCAUAGCAAAGCAGAAAGUGGGUAAUUGCAACAGCUGAUAGAAUUGCUCAUAUAAAGAUGUUUCCUGUGGUCCAUUCUUUUGAUUUCAGACACGGGAAGAACCUCUGCGCUCCUCCCCCCCUCUGCAUUGUGUACGCAGGUGAUUUGUGGCUGGAAAAAUGCUGUUGAUAGCUUGUGCAGGUCGUUUGAUCCCUAACAGUUCUGUGUCAUCUCGUGACAAAGCUGUUGGUUUAUUUGUCUGAUCUACUGUCCUGUUUGGCAAUGUCUUACAUGAGUCUAAUAAUAGAAGAGCUAGCUGCACUAGUUGUCCGGUUAAAUCAGUGAAUCGGCUGUUGGUUCUGUUGCAGAGCAGAUGUGGUGCUCUCUUGGCAGCCUCAGCAUUGCAGUUUCCUUUUCCAAAAUGUUUUCUUCUGUCCCAUAUAUCAGGGGUGGCCAAUGGUAGCUGUCCAGAUGUUUUUUGCCUACAACUCCCAUCAGCCCCAGCCACUGGCCAUGCUGGCUGGGGCUGAUGGGAGUUGUAGGCAAAAAACAUCUGGACAGCUACCAUUGGCCACCCGAAAUAUAUGUUCUCUGCAGGUCCUCUUGAAGAAACACUGUUCUGUGUGUAUUUAUAUAUAUUUUUAAAUUAACCUUGACUAUAGGUUUCAGUACCACAUGACAACAGCUACUGUUAAAGUAUCUGGAUGUGCAGGACCAAUGUAGCAUUCUGCAGGUUAGUAGGGAUGUUUGUUUCAGUUUGUGGUUUGUGACAAAACCAUGAACCAAUACAAAUCGGGUGGGUUGGUAUGUGAAGUGAACUGGUUCUUAGCAGUUUGUGACCCCUGCUUUCAGCUCCCUGCUGUCUUUUGCAGGGAGCAGAAAGCAGGAGUUCAAAUGGUUUUAUGUGGGGAGCAGAAAGCAGGGGUUUGCCCCACAAAAUGUGGCAGAGCUGAAAGCAGAAGUUUCCCCACUGAUCAGCCGUUUUUCACUGGUAGCAGAAAGUCGGUGCUUAAUGGCUCUGAGCUGUUUAAACACCUGCUUUCUGCUCUUCGCGAACUGCCUCAACAUUCUUGGAAAUUUGUGGCAGCUCUUCUGCGUCCAAGUUUUGAUUUGUAAACCAUAAACCAGCCAAAAUUUGCCACAAACUUAAGUUCAUGAGCCUGUUCAUGCCCUUCCCUACAGGUUAGUACUGCCUUCUCAAGAGCCAAGUGUAGGAAGGAAUAUGAGUUCUAAUAAAUUCUGUUUUUUUGGAAA